AUGCGCUAUAUCAAUAACUCUCUUCCGACACGCAAGAACCUUAGCAGAUGGGGAUUGUCUUCAAGUUCAGAAUGCUCCUUUUGUCUUGGCCCAGAAUCAUUAUUGCACGUGGUCGCUGGAUGUCAGUGUUAUCUCGAUCGAUUUACGUGGAGACACAAUUCAAUCCUGAACUUCCUUGCCAAUACCUUGCAAACUGUGAACGGUUCUGCCCUCUACGCUGAUGUGCCUGGAUUCAAAAGUCCUUCAAUAAUAACUGUUGAUACGCAUCGCCCGGAUUUGUUGCUAUCGUUAUCAAAUGGCUCUCUUUAUGUGGUCGAGCUCACUGUUGGCUAUGAGACAAACCUCGAGAACAACGUUAAUCGGAAAAAAGCCAAAUAUAAAGAACUAGUAAAACAACUAGACGAAAAUUUUAACGAAGUAAACUUUAUAAAUCUUUCCAUGAGCUCCCUAGGUAUUUUUGCGCAAGAAUGCUCUACAUUCUUAGAAAUGUUAGGAAAUGUUGGUCUGGACAAAAACUACCAAACGUACUGUGUUAGGAAAAUGAUGACUAUUGCCAUUCGAAGUACAUACUAUAUUUUUUGCUGCCGAAAUAAGGAAUGGGAAAGUCCGGACUUGGUAACUAUUUGA